AUGGCCCAGCUCCUGCUGGUUACCCUCGGUUGCAUCAGCCUCCUCUACCUGCAGCUCCCCGAUGCGCUGUCUGGCUGCCAGGGCAGGAGCCCGCGGCCCGCCCAGCCCAGGGCACCUCCCGCCCGGACGCCCUGCAGCAGGCUGCAGCCCCAGCACCCCGCACCGUGGCCCAAGACCCGGAAGCCAGGCCAGACCCCGCGCCUGCAGCCAUCGAGGAGUGCCAGCCUGUCCCCUGCUGCGGGCCAGCCUCUCCAGAAGGUUCCCUGCCGACCCUCGGGCCCCCCGAGGCCCAGAGCCCCGCUCCUGCGGGCGGGCUGUGUGCUGGCCACCUGCCAAGUGCAGAACCUCAGCCACCGCCUGUGGCAGCUGGUCGCCUCGGCCGGCCCCCAGGACUCGGCUCCCGUUGACCCCAGCAGCCCCCGCAGCUAUGGCUGA